AUGUCAUAUAGAGAACUUCGUAACUUCUGUGAAUAAAUGAGGGCUUUAGGAUAUCACAGAAUCAUUUCAAUGGAAAACUUUCGAAGGCCUAAUUUUGAAUUGGUUGCUGAUAUAUUAUAUUGGUUAGCUUUGAAAUAUGAUCCAAAUACAGACAUAUCAGAUAAUAUUGAUGAGGAGGUAUUAGAUAAGAUAAUAAAUUUAGAGAAAUAGAGUUGAAUUUAUAAAAUAAAUUACUACUCUUUUUGUUAGUAAAGCAAGACUUAAGAUAAAUCCAAAGAGAUUAUAUAUGGCAGAUGUUUAUGCAGUACAAGAAAUUUUGAAAAUUUCAACUUUUCUAUAUAAAGCUUAAGUAUCUUCACCUGCAGAGGAGGAUGAAGUACAUGAUUUCGUAAACAUAUUAAUCUGAUUUUUGCAAGUCACUUCCCUCUAAAUUAAGUAAUAUAAAGAGUCAUAAGUUAUUGGCUUAAGAAAUAACUGAUUUAGCCACAAGAUUAUAUGAUUAAUUAGGAAAAGAGGAUGAAGUGAGAAUUGCUAGAGUAUUAAGAAUAUCCAUUUAAUUAGGAAAAAGCCCUGUAAUUUUUAUCGAAUGUAUCUCGAGGUGGAAACUCUCAAUCUGAAUAAUCUUAUAUUUAAAAAUGCAUUUAAACAAUAUUGAAACAAUAAGAAUAAAGCAUUUAAGAUAUGUCUAAAUAUGUAAGUGGUUUGGAGAGAGAACAAAAACAGAUUGAAGAAAAAAUAAAGAGAAAAACAAAGGAGUUAGAAUAAGCUGAGAAAAGAUUAAAAGGAAUGACAAGUGUGAAACCAGCAUAUUAAGAAGAAUAUGAUAGAUAGGAAUAUGAAUUAGAGAAACUAUAUUAAGUAAUAGAAAUAUCCUUAAUAUUAUUAGGUUUAUGUAGAGAAGUUCAGAAAUUUAGUUUAUUUGGAACAUGUUUUAGAUGCUUAGAAUAAAUAGGCAGAGAUUGAAUAAAAGAAGAAAAACUAAAUAUUAUAAGGUGUAAGAGGUGUAAUUUAGGAUGCAGAGAUGAACGAAUUGAGAGGUGGUGAUGAUGAUGGAAAUGACGAUUAGUUAGAAUAAUUAGGAGGAGACUCUAGAUUAUAAUCAAGUAAUUAAGAAAAACGCAAUAAUGAUUUUAUGAGAUAAUAACAUGGAGGUUUUAAUAAAUAAUAGAUGGAUGAAGAUGGAGAAGGAGAUGAAAUAGAUGAUUUAAGUGGUGGUGGAGAUGAAGAAGAUGAGGAAGAAGAGGAAGAAGAUGGAAUUGAAAAUUUAGAUGAUGAUGGAGAAGAUGCAGACUUUUGAAAAUAACAAUAUAUUAUAUGUAUAAAUAUUAUUAA